AUGAAUUUGAUGAUCGACACGGUAUGCACGCACCUGACACGAUUGCACUCUUGUGUGACAGUCUGCGGCUCGGGGAGCGGUGGCCACAGUUUCGCAGCCGGGUGGGCCGUAUCAAGACCGUCCUGUCUACAUGGUACCGUGCUCACACGACCAACGGAUGGUCUCGAGACGACGAAGCGACAACGUCGCCGCUGGCCAAUCUGCAGCGAGAGAUUCACCUCAUCGUCCUUGCUGGCUUUCUUGACGACCGCGCCAUGUAUCGCUUCUUGGCGGGUACGAUAG